UCAAAGCUCCUCUAAACUUUCAUUUCCUCAAUUUUAAAAUGAGGGUCUCUUGCAAGGAACGAAUGAAGUAAUAAGGCACUCAGCACACUGAUUCCUUGGCAGAUUUUGCAGGGGACAUCUACUCUUUGCGGCCCAGGGCUAGCUGCUGGGGAUAAAAGAGUGAGUGACACACAGCUACUGCCCCCGGUUUGCUCACAGCUAGAGGAGGAGAAAGACAAGGAGCCCAGCAGCAUCAGGACAGGAGAAGUCCUCUGUCCCUUGCAGCUGUUCAUUACGUUGCACUGCGCGGGGUUUGGCGUAUCACAAAAGUCUGGUAUGGUGUGUAGGUGAGGGGACAGACCCACAGUCAUGAAGUGACUGCCCGAGUCGCCACAUCAGGUGGUGCUGGGCUGUGUCCAGGGCACGGGAUUUCUGACUCCUUCUCUAGCAAUGCUUUUCCCAGGAGAGCACAUUGCCUCACUCUUGGUUUCCCAACUUGUUUACCCUAAAAGAACAACUUCACCACUUUGGACUUGAUAAAAGGAAAAAAAGAGUUUCUUCCAACUUUUGCUCUAUAUAUAAUCUGGGCAUGUGAGUGACUCCUUCAGUACUUGGAGUUAGUGUGGUAAUCAUUGUCACAUUGUAAUCUCAUCAAGAUCCUGAAUGUUUUUGUUACCUGAAAACUUCCUUCUGUGAGAUCUUCAACAGCUCAUCUAUUUCCUGUUAAAUCAGGUAAAACAAAGCCUAUACUUCCAUCCGAGAGUCUUGGAAGAUACUCCAACAUCUUCAACUUUGUUUAAGGUCCUACAGGUAUGGAUCUCUGGCAGCUGCUGUUGACCUUGGCAGUGGCAGGCUCAAGUGAUGCUUUUUCUGGGAGUCAAGCCACACCAGCUAUCCUUGUCAGAGCAUCUCAGAGUCUGCAGAGAGUUCAUCCAGGCCUAGAGACAAAUUCUUCCGGGAAGCCUAAAUUCACCAAGUGCCGUUCACCUGAACUAGAGACUUUUUCAUGCCACUGGACAGAUGGGGUUCAUCACGGUUUACAGAGCCCAGGAUCCAUACAGCUGUUCUAUAUCAGAAGGAGCACUCAAGAAUGGACUCAAGAAUGGAAAGAAUGCCCCGAUUAUGUCUCUGCUGGAGAAAACAGCUGUUACUUUAAUUCAUCUUAUACCUCCAUUUGGAUCCCCUACUGUAUCAAGCUAACUAGCAAUGGUGAUACUGUGGAUCAAAAGUGUUUCUCUGUUGAGGAAAUAGUGCAACCAGAUCCACCCAUUGGCCUCAACUGGACUUUACUGAACAUCAGCUUAACAGGGAUUCAUGCAGAUAUCCAAGUGAGAUGGGAACCACCACCAAAUGCAGAUGUUCAGAAGGGAUGGAUAGUCCUGGAGUAUGAACUGCAAUACAAAGAAGUAAAUGAGACCCAGUGGAAAAUGAUGGACCCUGUAUUGUCAACAUCAGUUCCAGUGUACUCAUUGAGACUGGAUAAAGAGUAUGAAGUGCGUGUGAGAUCCAGACAACGAAACUCUGAAAAAUAUGGCGAGUUCAGUGAGGUGCUCUUUGUAACACUUCCUCAGAUGAGACCAUUUGCAUGUGAAGAAGAUUUCCGGUUUCCAUGGUUCUUAUUUAUUAUCUUUGGAAUAUUUGGACUAACGGUGACAUUAUUCUUAUUCAUAUUUUCUAAACAACAAAGGAUUAAGAUGUUGAUUCUACCCCCAGUUCCAGUUCCAAAGAUUAAAGGAAUUGAUCCAGAUCUCCUCAAGGAAGGAAAAUUAGAAGAGGUGAACACAAUCUUAGCCAUUCAUGACAACUAUAAACACGAAUUCUACAAUGAUGACUCUUGGGUUGAAUUUAUUGAGCUAGAUAUUGAUGACCCCGAUGAAAAGACUGAAGGAUCAGACACAGACAGACUUCUAAGCAAUGACCAUGAAAAAUCACUUAAUAUCCUUGGGGCAAAGGAUGACGACUCUGGACGUACCAGCUGUUAUGAACCUGACAUUCUGGAGACUGAUUUCAAUGCCAAUGACAUGUGUGAUGGUACCUCAGAGGUUGCUCAGCCACAAAGGUUGAAAGGGGAAGCAGAUCGCUUGUGCCUUGACCAGAAGAAUCUAGAUAACUCACCUUCGAAUGAUGCUACCCCUGCUAGCCAGCAGCCCAGUGUUAUCCUAGGAGAGGAAAACAAACCAAGAUCACUUCUUAUUGCCAAAACUGAGUCAACUCAUCAAGCUGGCCAUACACAGCAACAGCUCAGCAAUCCAAAUUCAUUGGCAAACAUCGACUUUUAUGCCCAGGUAAGUGACAUUACACCAGCAGGGAGUGUGGUCCUUUCCCCAGGCCAAAAGAAUAAGGCUGGGAUCUCCCAGUGUGACAUGCAUCCAGAAGUCGUCUCACCCUGCCAAGCAAACUUCAUCAUGGACAACGCCUACUUCUGUGAGGCAGAUGCUAAAAAGUGCAUCGCCCUGGCCCCUCAUGUCGAGGUUGAAUCACAUGUAGAGCCAAGCUUUAACCAGGAAGACAUUUACAUCACCACGGAAAGCCUUACCACUACUGCUGGGAGGUCUGGGACAGCAGAACGUGUUCCAAGUUCUGAGUUGCCUGUCCCAGACUAUACCUCCAUUCAUAUAGUACAAUCUCCACAGGGCCUCGUACUCAAUGCAACUGCCCUGCCCUUGCCUGACAAAGAGUUUCUCUCAUCAUGUGGCUACGUGAGCACAGACCAACUGAACAAAAUCAUGCCGUAGCUUUUCUUCGAUUUCCCAUGAGCUACAUAUUUAAUGAGUUACCUAUUUACUCUAGCAAAGAGUUGGCUAGGGCAUGAAUGCUUAAACCAAAACAAUGUUUAAACAUUUUUUGGAGGGGGGUGGGAGUUGAGGGUGGGGGAUACAGAUUCUAAAUGGCUUUUCCUGAGAUGUUGAAACAUGAUAUUAAAGAAAAAGAAGAAGAACCCUUCAUCAGAUAGAUAUUCUUGUGAAUUGUAAAUAUUUUAAAGAAUUGUCUCAAAGACUGUUUAGUGGCAGUGAUUGUCUUGUUAUUGUGGGUGUUAAUUUUGUGCUACUAAGCAUUGAAUGGCUAUGUUUUUUAAUCUAUAGUUAAUCAUGCUUUUUGAAAAAGCGAAAAAUCAGGUGGCUUUUGCAGUUCAGGACGAUUGAAUGCAAAUCAUAGCACAGGCUAAUUUUUUUUUAAUAAUUGGGAACUAAAAGUUUAGGUAAGAAGAGAAGAAAUAGUUUGGAUAUGUAAAACAUUUAUUUUGACAUAAAAUGGAUAAAGGUAUUUUUAAUAAUUUACACUUUAAGCAUGGCUAUUUUCUAUUACACUAUACACGGUGUACUGUAGCUCAUGCCGACCCAUCUAAAGAAUGUAGUAACUGCAGUCUAAAGCUGGUUUAAUGCUUUGGUCAACGCACCUGAAGAAAAACUAGUUUUUUACAGGGCCCUUUUUAUACCUCCUAAAACUCUUUAAAUGAUUCUAAAAUGAUUGUAGUUAGCUGCAUUAUUGGAAUGUGUUCAUCUUAUCUGAAUUUGUAAACAGAUAUUUGUUAAUUUAGAAAACUUUAAAAUGUUUGCACAGAUCAACUUAUCAUGAACCAAAAAAACCAAAAAACCCCACAACACAAAUGAACAAAAAGGCUUUUCUUACCCAAGUUUUGGUUCAUGUCAGAGCACUGCAUACUAAGAGAAUAGAAAUCAUAGCUGGUUCCUAUUGACCCAGAAUGCUUAAUCACUGCAGUGCACAGGGAAGGAGUUUCUUAGUGCACUCAGAUCUUGAGAGUCAAGCCUUAGAACCUCGGCCACAGUGUCUCUUAGUUCAUAUUUACCUAAGGAAGGAAUAGGUACAAGAAGCAUUUUGUAAGUUGAAGCUGGUCGAAGUGAAGUUAACCAGAUCAUGGAAUAAAAGUUCAAGAAAAAGCUUUUUCUUUCACAGCCUAUAGCCAGACACAUACUCAUUAUUCAUGGUAGCAAAAAAAGAGAAAAAACAAGAUUUUAAAUCCCCAAGAUAAUUAAAAAAUUUAUUUAAACCCAUAGCAGAAACUUUCUUCCUUACCAAAUCUUUUAUAGGAUUUACUUAAUAAAAGAAGUUUCAUCAUUUUUUACUUCCCCUCUAAGUGGAUUGGCCUUAAAGCGGGUAGUCAGAAGAAAAAGAAGCAGCCUGAGUAAAUUAUAAGUUAUUGUUCAAUAUCUUAAUAACCUAAACAUCAUUCAUAGGAGCACUGGGAUUGCUCCUCAAAAGGUUUGUCAAAAAGAGAAGACUCAUCUCACUCAAGAAUGCUUCUCACUUAAGUAUUUUUUAAAGGUUAAUAAAACUUUAAAGUUAGCUUUAACUUAAAUAGUAUUUGCCAUACCUUUUUAGGAAACAAGCUUAAUGGUUGGCAAUUUUAAAUUCCCUCUUUCUUGCAGGAAGGACAGUGAAAAGCUAGAAUUGGGUGUUUAAAGUUCAACAUGUUACUUUGUAAUAGAUGUUUAAUAGAUUUUCUGCUACCUUGCUGCUACGGUUUUCUCUAAGAGCUACAUAAUUUAGUUUCAUAGACAGUUUCAUCAAUGUAGAACCUAAUUCAACUUAAAACUGUGUGUUUGGGAAAGCUAUCUUACUAUUUUACAAUAGGCUGACAUUUCUAUAGCCAAAAAUAGCUAAAUACCUCAAUCGGUCUCCGAAUGUCAUUUUGGUACUUUGCUGGCCACACAAGCCAUUAUUCACUAGUAUGACUAGUUGUGUCCUGCAGUUUAUAUUUAACUUUCUUUAUGUCUGUGGAUUUUUUCCUUCAAAGUUUAAUAAAUUUAUUUUCUUGGAUUUGUGAUGGUGUGCUUCUAUUGUCAAACACCCACAGGAAAAGCAUCCUAAAUCAGACUGC